ACACAUGCCAUUACAUAAACUAACUUUCUUAUUCAUUCAUUCAUUCAUCAUUGAUAGAACAUUAAUUCUUUUUAAAAAAAUGAUCCGAAGCGUCUUAAAAGAAUUUUUGCGACCAAUUCAAUUAAUUUCCUCAUCGCAUUUGCGAAGUUCGUAUACAAAUCAAACGGUUGACGAUUGGAUAUCAUCACUGUCAGAAGAUAAACAAGAGAGGGUUAGAUUAAUUCAGAAUGAGAUAGCAUUGAAACUGGCCGAAGAGCAAAAGAUGCCACAACUUCAGAUGUUAUCCAAAGCUGAUUAUGAAGAAAUGUUGGACAUGUCAAACAAUCGACGACGACAAUAUUACAAUUAUUUACAUUCAUCAAAAACAGCCGAUUCAAAUGACAGUAUAAAGCGUAUGAUACGAAAACAAAUUAACGACACAAAACAACAAUUGAGUACGCACAAAAAGCCCAAAACCAAUCACAUUGAAUAUGGUUUACACCAGAAUACACAAUUUUUGAGAAUAACAGAACAAACAAUGAACAAAUGGAGAAAUUUCAAAGUGUGGCGUGCAAUGAGACUAAACGAACCAGCUCUAAUAUUGGACUGUGGUUUCAAUGACACAAUGUCGAAGCGUGAAAUGCAGGAUUUGGCACGUCAAAUAAAUCAUUCGUUUGCUCACAAUCGAAUGGAUCGCAAACCAUUCGUACUCAAUUUGUGUAACAUGAGCCCGGAUUCAAAGCUGUGGCCAAUAUUGUCACAUAAAUUGACCAAUUUUGAGAAAUUACCAUGGAACAUUUCGCCAAACGAUAUUACGGAUGUGUUUCCAGUAGAAAAACUAGUUUAUUUAUCACCGGAUGCACCAGACGCACUGGAAUUUAAUGCCGAUGAUUGCUAUGUCUUGGGAGCUAUUGUUGACAAAGGAAAUCGACAACCAUUGACACUGGCCAAGUCGAAGCGACUGGGAAUUCGUGCAGCACGUUUGCCAUUAGAAAAAUAUAUCAAAUUCAAUUCACAUAAAACAUUGACGUUAGACCAAAUGACACGAAUUAUGCUCGAGCUUAAGCGAACACAGGAUUGGAAAAGAGCACUAAAAUAUGUACCAGCUCGACACAUUUUAGGAUAAAUUUUAGUCCAACAUUAAGAACUAGUAUAACAUUUCCGUGUGAAAAGUAAUGAAAUAAACACAAAAAUCCAGUAAAUAUCAAAAGCGUUAUGUGAUUGAUCUGUAAUAAGCAUUUGAAUGAUCAAACCCUGCCCCGUGAUCGACGUGAGCUGUCAUUGAACAAUACAUUAUGUCAAAGUGUAACACGUGCAUAGGCUAACCUUUUUAUUCAUUCAACAUUGAUAGAACAUUAAUUCAUUGAAAUAAAAAAUGAUCCGAAGCGUCUUUUGCGACCAAUUCAAUUAAUUUCGUCAUCUCAUUUGCGAAGUUCGUAUACAAAUCAAACGGUUGGCGAUGGGAUAUCAUCACUGCCAGAAGAUAAACAAAAGAGGGUAUAUUCUUUACAAAAGAAGUAUAUUGUGUAAUUUCUAGAUUGCUCUAAGACUGACCGAAGAGAAAAGGAUGCCACCAGAAAUAUUUAUCAAAUGUUUUGAUUUACAUUUUUAUUGGUGGCAUCUUUUUCUCUUGCCACCGAUAGAAAUGUUAACCAAAGCCGAUUAUGAAGAAAUGUUGGAGAUGUCAAACAAUCGACGACAAAAGUAUUAUGUUUAUUUGCAUUCAUCAACAAUGGGCACUUCGAAUGACGAGAUACGAAAUACGAUAGCAACGAGUAUCUUUGAUGAAAAGAAGGCCUAGGACAUAUCGAAUAUGAUCAGUUUUCGGUGGACCAAAUGUUCCCAGACCGAAAGCCGAUCAUAUUCGACAUGGCCUAGGACAUAUUACACAAUUUUUGAAAAUAAGAAGAGAAACAAUGACCAAAUGGAGAAAUUUGAAGUAUCACCCUUACCAUUGACAUAUUGGAGCUAAAAUAAUCUUCUUAUUUGGAAAUUGAAAACCAAAAACGGACAUCUUAUGAGUCGAUAUUUUAUUUGAAAAAAAAAAAAAAAAAAA